AAUUAAAACCCCAUCUUUGAUUUUACCCACCCACCUCGUGAACUUCAAACUUCUUUGCGUGGAUGCAAAUUUAGGGUUGGGGUUCUGCUGGCGGACUUGAGCUGCGGGCAAUGGCGGAGAGCCUCCGUGAUGGGGAAGGAGGAGAAGGGGUCCUCCUCUACUAUAAAUACGCCGACGUACCUGAUGUGGCUGCACUCGCGAGCUUCUAUGAGUCCCGUUGCCGUGCCCUCGGUCUCCUCGGUCGCGUCCGCGUCGCUCCCCAUGGCGUCAAUGUCACUAUUGGUGGGAAGAUGUCAUUACUUAGGAAGCACAUUGCGGAAAUGAGGUCUGACACCUUAUUUGAUGGAACUGACUUCAAACUUGCAUCCUGUCAUCAACCUUCUAAUGAGAAGAUUGCGAAGGAGUGCGGAUUCACAGACCUCUCUGUUCGUAUUGUCAAGGAAUUAGUUACUUUGAGUUCAAAUCCUUCACUGAAGUUACCAGAAAUUUCCAAUGUUGGAAGGCAUCUCUCAGCAAUGGAUUUCCAUUCUUUUCUCCAAGAUGCUGCUGAAAAUGCUGUGGACUCUCAGGAGUCUGUGCGUCAGAAACUAAUUUUAUUGGACGCAAGGAAUCUAUAUGAGACAAGGAUUGGCAAGUUCAAGAUUUCUAAUGUGGAGACUUUAGAUCCAGAAAUAAGACAAUACAGUGAUUUACCCGCUUGGAUUGAUGAACAUUCUGAGCAACUGCGUGGCAAACAAGUCCUUAUGUAUUGCACUGGUGGCAUUAGAUGUGAGAUGGCAUCAGCCUACAUCCAGUCCAAAGGUGUAGGUUUUGAGAAUGUGUUUCAGUUGUUUGGUGGAAUUCAAAGAUAUAUGGAGCAAUUUCCUAAUGGGGGCUAUUUUAAAGGAAAGAAUUUUGUCUUUGAUCAUAGGAUAUCAGUCGGAAGUCUGGAUGGAAAUAUUCUCGGAGCUUGUCUAAUAUGUCAUUCUCCCUUUGAUGAUUAUUCAUCUAGGUGCAGAUGUAAGCACUGUAGGAUGCUUGUAUUGGUGUGUUACAGCUGUCAGGGUGACAACAGUGAAAGAUAUGUCUGCGAGCUGUGCCAGAGACAUUGCAAGGGUGACAGAACUUUGCCAUUAAAAGACGACAACCCAAUGGAUUCAGAUUUCACAUCUGAUUCAUCUGAAUAUACUGCAGUGGAAUUAACCUCCUUAGAUGGUCGUUCAACUUCUGUCUCUGACAGGCCUAGAAGAAAUGGUCCUAGCCCUCAAAGGAAGUUAAGGAUUCUCUGCUUGCACGGUUUCAGGCAGAAUGCGUCAAGUUUCAAAGGAAGGACAUCUUCACUGGCUAAAAAACUUAAGAGUAUGGUAGAGUUCACUUUCAUUGAUGCGCCACAUGAGCUACCGUUUAUUUAUCAAGAACGGCCUAGCAAAGCAGAACAAAACUCCAAGAGCUCUUCAUCGGAGCAGCCUCCAAAUUUAAGCAAUUCAAUCCAGCAACCGUCACCGCAAGAGAACAGCAAGAAACGAUUUGCAUGGCUGGUUGCUUCCGACUCUAACCACACCAAAGAAUUAGGCUGGAGGAUGGCAGAUAUGCCAUUUGAUCCUCUGCAGUAUCAGCAACAAACAUCUGGAUUCGAAGAAUCCUAUAACUAUAUCAGGCAAGUGGUAUCACAUUCGGGCCCCUUUGAUGGGAUCCUUGGUUUCUCACAAGGAGCCGCCAUGGCUGCCUUGAUCUGUGAGAAGCAACAGAGAAACCAUGGCAACCAUGACAUCUUGACUUUCAGAUUUGCAAUCUUAUGUUCUGGCUUCUCAGCAUGUCUGGAUACAAUUGGCAAGGGUUCCAUAAAAUGCCCAUCAUUGCAUAUCUUCGGUCAUAAACAGGGCCAAGACAGGCAGAUUAGACCUGAUGUUAGCAGAGAACUUGUUCAAUUGUUUGACGAAGAGUGUGCCGUGGUCAUUGAGCAUGACCUUGGUCAUAUAAUCCCGACACAGUCGCCAUACAUUGAUCAGGUUAAAGAAUUCCUUGUUCGUUUUGUAUGAAGCCAAUGAUUAUCUUAAAUAUUUAUCAACUCUUUGUAUUGCUUGUUUUA